UAAAAAAUAAAUGGUCACUGAAAAUAACUCUGACCCUAAAGUGGCAUUGUGUUCAACAACAAUUGUAGAAAGUGUGCAAUAAGAAUAUUUAAAUAAUAAUUCCAUUUCAAGUUUAAUUUCUAUCAAGCUAUUGUUCAUUGCUUGGUUCUUCGAGCCUAGCACCUUGUUUUGCAUGUUACGCCUUGUAACUGUUCGACGAAAUGCCUGAACCAUGCAUUCUCUCACCUCACCAUCUCUUUCCGUGUUUUUUCCUCAUCUAAACCUUUCUCUCUUUCACCCUAUCAUUGUAUCGUUCCCCUCUUCAAGGAAGGUGCAAAGAGUUGCGGUUUUAAGCGAGCUUGGUUUGGUUAUUGGGGGUGAGAGUUUUUCCCCUAGGAAGGGAAAUUUACACACUCAAAAAGGUUUGUGUUGGUCUUGUUCUCGGGUUUUGACACGGUGUAAGAAUUGGGACGGAGAAUUUUCGUCUUUGGAAGACGAGAUUUUGGAGUUCAUGCAAAAUUCGGAUAACCCAGAAAGGUUUCCUACAAAGGAAGAGUUGGUUAAAGCUGGGAGAUUGGAUUUGGCUGAAGCUAUUGUGAAAGAAGGUGGGUGGCUUUCUUAUGGGUGGAAUUUGAAUGAUGGGUUUGUUGAAAGGGUUGAUUUUGAAGAUGGGAGUAGCAGUGAAAUUCAAGGGAAUGUAACUAGGACUUCUGGGGUUGCUGGUUCUUCUGCUUCUUCAUCUUUCGAUAACUCUUCUCAAUCAGUUGAAUCAGUGGAAAUAGAAGCUGAGGAGUCUGGCAUUGAGGGUAUACUAAAUCGGCUGGAGAAACACAGAAAUAGUUCUUUUGGACGUGGAUUUGGAGAGAAAGAAGAUUGUAUUUCAUCUGAUAAUGAUAAAGAGAAGUGGGAACAUAGAACUACAACGGAUGGAGUAGCUGCCAACCUUGGCAACAGUAGUAGACCAUCCUCGUUGAAACCAACAACCAUUCGUAUCAGUGGUUCCCAGAUCAAACUUGACCAGAACGGAUCACAAUUAGGUUCUGAUAAUUCAAGAAACUCAAUUAAGCCAGAGACAUGGAGAAGUUGGAUUGUUCAGAGAACUGGUUCUUCAGAUGCAGAUUUUGAAGAUGCGGAAAUUAUUCCCAGUCAAACUCAGAAAGGAGAUGUUAGCGAUGUUUAUGGACAACCUAAAAUCGUCAAAAUAGGAGAAUUUUCUCACAAAAUAAACAGAGAAACAGGAUUAGAUUCUCUUGACAUAAUUGGAAAUGCAAAUGAAAAUGACAUAAAAUCCCGAAUCCAGCUUCUGGAAUCAGAGCUAUCCUCUGUACUUCACACGUUGAGGUCUAACACCAGUGAAGUGACAACGCUGACGGAACAGAAGAACUCUUCGGAUAAUCUCGAAAAGCUUUCCGAUGCUUGGGAAUUCCAGGAAACUGAAAUCAUGAAUGCUCAAGCCAGACUGCGUUCGUUACGUGCCAAGCUAGCAGUGUUAGAAGGAAAGAUGACAUUGGCAAUAAUGGAUGCACAGAAGGCUCUGGAUGAGAAGCAGAAGAAGAUUGAUCAUGUCCACAAAGCUUUGAAACUUUUGAAGCCUACUUGUGUAGUUUGGCCUAAUAUUGCUUCUGAAGUAUUUUUGUUAGGGUCAUUUGAUGGCUGGUCCUCCCAGAGAAAGAUGGAGAAAUCAAAUACUGGUAUAUUUUCUGUGUAUUUGCAACUGUAUCCUGGAACAUAUGAGAUCAAGUUCAUUGUUGACGGUGAAUGGAAAAUCGAUCCAUUGCGUCCAGUGGUCAACAACAAUGGCUUUGUGAAUAAUCUUCUCGUGAUUCAUGAUUGAUGUUGAUGUAACAAAAAAAGUUGAGUGAGGAUGACAUGCAUUAGGUUAGUCACCCAAUUUUUUAGCCAUUUUUUCACUCUUGUACAAAGUAUAGAGUGAGAGGUUAAUUUAUUUUUUAUUUAGUCCUUGUAACACUUUUAGAUGUAGAUAACUUGAGUGAUCUCAAACUAAUCUUUAUUCAAUUAUUUUUAACACAUUCAUAUAAUUGUGCAAGUAGUGCCACAUUCACAGGUUUCAAUGUUGUUCUUAGCAUGCUCCCAGAUUAAUUAAGUAUACUUUUACAGUUCUA